GUCUCCGGCCUCUGCUCCAUGGCGUGCUUCUGGCUCCGCCGCCGGGUGAGCGCCCUCGAGGCCCUGCAGCGCGUGCACGGGCUGCGCCGAGCGGCCGACCCGGAGGUGCCCGCGAAGGUGCGGGUGCCCAAGGCUCUGGCGACCGCCUCGCUCGAGGGCUCCGCCGCCGCGGCCUCGUCAGGACUGCGGGGCGGCGCUGUCACCACCCCGCCGCCCGGGGUCGCCUGGCAGCACCCGUGCGCCGACGACGCCGACAUGUGGGCGCGGCCCAGCGAGCGGCACCCCGGCGCGGACGCCUCCUCCCGGCCCGGCGGCGGGCCCCCGCCCGCGGAGAGGGCCUCGCCGAGGCCCAGAGACGAGAGGUCCUGGGAGGAUCGCUCGCGCCGCGCGCCGCCAGAGAAGGGCGCGCCGGCGGCCGCCGCGGCCAGCCAGGGGCAGCCGCCGCCGCGGCAGCCUCCCACCAGCGGCCCCGCCGGCGGCGCCAAGAUCGGCGAGCCGCCCCGGGCGCAGGCGCGCCAGGCGCGGCAAGAGGCGCGGUCGGCGUCCCAGCCGCCGCCCAGCGGCGGCUCAGAGCCGCAGCAGGACCCGCACCAGACCACCGCGACGUGCCCGCCAGAGGCGAAGGCCGUCGAGAGCAAGCUGCGCAACACCAUGGGGGCGGCUCUCGAGGAGAGGAAGAAGGUAUACAAGGCACUGCUCCUCGAGUACCAUCCCGACAAGAACAGCGACCCGGGUGCUAAGGAGGCAGCGGCUGUGUUUGGCAACGUGCCAGAAUUCGCCUGA